AUGCAGCGCGCCGAGCAUGUCGUCUUCUGCGUCGAGGACACCGUCGGGCUCCGCGACGACCGCUACAGCGUCGGCAUCAUCGAGCGCUCCUUUGGCGACGUCGACUCGCACGAGCCCCGCCCCCAGCGCGACUACCCCGACGACAUUGUGUGCGAUGGCGAUAUCCCCGCAGCCCAAUUCGCAAAGUUCCUCAAGGACGGCAUCCCCCCGCGCGGCACCGUGCUCGUGUCGUGGCAGACGCAGUUCAAGACGGAGCUCGUCUACGAGCACAAGCUGCAGCUCCUCGACCGCGCCCUGUACGUGGGCGAUGUCGUCAAGCGCAAGGCUGAGGACCACAUGAGCGGCACCGUCAUCGGCACCCAGGCUGUCUGCACUCUGUUCCCCGCCACCCUCUUCAACGGCGGCCACAUCACCCAGGCCAUCACCGACGACCACUCGGUGCGCAACGUCGCCGCCGAGGAGCUGAUCAACGUGCACGAGUUCGUCGAGGGUGCUCUGGUCGUCUACGGCGACUGGGUGGGGCGCGUCGAGAACGUCUACGACGAGGUGGCCAUCAAGCUGGCCAACAACUCGGUCGUCGUGGUCGAGGACCCGUCGGAGCUGAACCAGGACGACGCCACCAUCGAUCGCCUCAGCGUGGGAGACACAUGCAAGACAAAAAAGGGCAAUCUGCGCAGAGGGCGGUGGCGCUUUGGCGCCUACGAUCCAAGCGUGCCGCCCGUGGGCGUGGUAGUCGAGACAAGAGCAACCGAGAUUGACGUGCAGUGGCUGGCCAGGAGCAUUGGUUCCCGCAAUCGCACCCUUACUGCCGACGAGCCUCCCGUCACCCUGGGCCGAGACGAGUUCGAGAGCCCCGAAUUCUACAAGUACGAUGCCUCGGGCGGCACCGCUACCACCCUCCCCUUGUCCGAGAACGGCGUCGACAAGUCAUAUCACGUCGCCGACGUGGCCGUGGGCGAUCGCGUCCGCUUCAAGGACAUUGCUGGCGCGGCCGUCAAGUACGACGGCACCCACACGCUGUCCAACGGAUACCCCCAGGGCAAGGUGACGCGCAUACCGCGAACAGACUCGCUAGGAUAUGAUCUCAACGUUUUUCUCGUCAUGCAGACCCACAGUCAAGUCACGGUACAAUGGCAGGAUCUGUCAGUAACACAGGACCUCAGCUCUGCGCUACUGCCCGACCCCAACGUCGAGGACGACGACGAAGUCUGGCCAGGCGAGCUCAUCUUCUCCAAAGAGGUCCGUGAUGGCGACAAUGCACAAGGCUCCGAGACCAAAAAGCCGGCCAAAGUAGGUAUCGUCCAGACUGUCAACGGCCGAGACCGGAUAGCAACUGUGCGGUGGUUCAAAAACCCCUAUGUAGAGUUCUUUGGCAACAACCUGCUUCCGCCAUGCACCACGGGCGAGCUCCACGACGCCGUUGAAGAUGUGAGCCUGUAUGACAUCUACUCAUUAACCGCCCUUACGCGACGGCGUGGCGAUUUUGUCAUUCUCGACCCAGAGAACAUUGAAGCGAUCCAGUCGUCACUGCACAUCACCGGCCCUAAUUGGUUUGGCGAGGUGAUAGAUCUGGGCUUGGACGGUAGGCUCACUGUUCGUCUCGGCGCAGCCAAGCCUGUAGUUGAUGUCAAGGUCCCGUAUGAGUGUGUCCAUCUUGCUUACAGCAGUGACAUGGCCGAUGAUUUUAUCAAUGACCUUAACGAUUCCGAAGGAGAGUACAUUGAAGAGCUAGACGAGGAAUUCGAUUCGGACGACUUUGAUUCUGCCUCUUUCAACGAGAUGUGGAUUGAGUAUGAAGGCAUGGAGGGAGAGCCACCCGUCGGAGAUGAGGGCGACUGGUCGACAGAGGACGAAGAGGAUGAGAACGGCGAUGACGAUGACGAGUCGAUGCCGGACCUGAUCGACCCCACAAAGGAAGACGUAGAUACCACAAAGACUACACCUGAUAUCAAGCCGCCGCCGACAAAGGAAGAAAAACCGGAUCCACAGCCAGAAUCAGAGGUCGACGACACGUCGAUAGAGCAAGGCAACGUAGAGUCGACGAGCGGACCAGCAUCCUUUGUCAUUCUUGAUACACCCCCACCAUCAUCACACCGCUAUAUAUCACAACCGUCGGCAUCAUCCUCUGCCUUUAUGCGCCGUAUCGCGAAAGAGCACAAGAUUCUCCGCACCUCGUUACCCCCUGGAAUUUACGUCCGCACCUGGGAAUCUCGUCUCGACCUCCUCCGCGUGCUGAUGAUUGGGCCCAACGACACGCCUUAUGAAUUUGCUCCGUUUGUCGUCGACUUCCACCUUGGCUCGUCAUAUCCACAACAAGCCCCUGAUGCCUUUUUCCACAGCUGGACUAAUGGAAACGGCCCCGUGAACCCCAAUUUGUACGAGGAUGGCAAGAUCUGUUUGAGUCUGUUGGGAACAUGGCAUACGGAUGAGAGAAACGAGAGCUGGAGUCCGGCAAAGAGCACGCUGUUGCAAGUUCUGGUCUCGCUCAUGGGCCUGGUGCUAGUGAAGGAGCCCUACUACAACGAAGCAGGAUAUGAUGUACAUCGAUCGGCGCCCGAGACUAAGCUCAGCAGUGCAUUGUACACGGAGCGGGCGUACUUCCGAGCCAGGGCCUUUAUACACCAUGCGCUCACGCACGAUGUGGAGCCUUUCAAAGAAGAGCUGGACUAUCUUUAUCUGAGCCAAGACGAGGAUGCACCAAAGCUGCUCGACAAGGCAAUUGGUGCCGCCAAAGAUACGGCCGAUCGCAGCGCCGACGGGAACGGAGAGGGCGAACGCGAUGGUCUCCGGAAGAUCAGCUUAGGUGCUUUGGUCAUGCUCAAGAGGCAGAUUGAGAAACUCGAGUCGUUGAAGAAGUCGACCCCACAAGCAUAA